CUGAUUCCUUUCCUAUAUCUAAAUAGAAGAAACCCGAGGACAGUCGACUGGUCAUCAUAAAGAUUAAAAAAAGCGGUAGAUUCAUUGAUAUUCGGAUAGUGAUAAAACAGAACAAACUAAGAAGAAACCUGAGGACAGUCAACUGGUCAUCAUAAAGAUUAAAAAAAGCGGUAGAUUCAUUGAUACUCGGCGGAUAGUGAUAAAAUAGAACAAACUAAGAAAUUUGUAAAAGAUGUCAGCAGUCCCACUACCAGACACAGAUCCACCGAGAUAUGAAAAUUAUGAGGAAAAAAAUUCUUUGACCCUUAAUUUUGACAAUGACACUAUUAUUACUGCUGUUGACAGUGAUGAUUCUGACAGAAGUUCUGCUUUAUUUGCCAGCUUCAUCAAAGUCCAUGAUAAUGUAACACACUUCUACACAACUAACUACAAACCAAUAUGGAAGAUAUGGUAUGUUUCCUUGUUUAUUGGUUACCUUGCUUACUUUGUUGCUGCCAUGGUGAAGUGUUCAGUAGACAAAGUAAGAGAUCCAACACCUCUCCUCGUACUGACCAUUGUUGUACUGGCUUUCGUUAUCAUCUGGUUUAUCAGAAAGAAAUUUAAAGAAGACAUCUACAAGACCUUUAUACAGCCUGUCAUUGACUGUUUUGCAUCCAAGCAAAAGCUUCAGACCUUUGUCAAAAUAUUGUUUAUGAUAGCAGUUAUAAUCGGAAUGAUAACAUUGGUCGUGACAUCAGUUUGGAACCGUCCACAGAAUUUGAUUUCACUUGCAGGAUUAGCUGUUUUCCUGAUCAUCCUGUUGAUAUUUUCUGCUCAUCCAAAAAAGGUGAAGUGGCGACCUGUUCUUGGAGGUUUUACACUACAGUUUUUCUUUGCUGCAUUUAUAUUGAAAUGGAGUGUUGGUUUCCAAAUAUUUGAAUUUCUUGGAAAACAAGUACAAACUUUCCUGAUGUUUACAGAUAAAGGGUCAGAAUUUGUUUUUGGACCAAAGUAUACAGAACAUUUGUUUGCCAUGAAGAUUUUACCAGUGGUAGUAUUUGUUAGUUGUGCGAUAUCAGUAUUAUAUUAUGUUGGAGCUAUGAAGAUUGUGAUUGGUAAGAUAGCGUGGAUAAUGAGAGUGACACUGGGUACUACAGCUGCAGAGUCACUAUGUGCUGCGGGAAAUAUAUUCAUUGGCAAUACAGAAGCUCCAAUCCUGAUUCGACCAUUUCUUGGGUUGAUGACUAAGUCAGAACUUAAUGCUGUUAUGACAGGAGGAUUUGCUACCAUAGCUGGUGGUGUUUUAGCAGCUUAUAUCUCUUUUGGGGUACCAGCAGAACAUUUAUUGUGUGCAUCUGUGAUGAAUGCCCCCUGUGCCUUAGCAGUAUCUAAACUUCUGUAUCCUGAGACUGAGCAGAGCAAGCUUAAAACUACAGCUGAUUUACAACAGGAGGAAAAGAAAGAAACAAACAUUCUAGAAGCAGCAGCAGCUGGUGCAUCAGCAUCCAUUAAACUGGUAGCCAACAUUGCAGUCAAUUUAAUAGCCUUUAUAGCCAUGUUAGAGUUUGUUAAUGCUGUCUUAUCAUGGUUUGGCAGCUUUGUUGGAUUUCCAACGCUUUCAUUUCAGAUAAUCUGCUCCUAUGUGUUGAUGCCAUUAGCCUAUUUGAUGGGAGUAGACUGGAAGGAUGCUGGUAUGGUAGGAGAACUUAUAGGAAUGAAAACAUUCCUUAAUGAAUUCCUGGCCUAUAAAGAGUUAGCUGGCUACAUGUCCAACAGAAUGGACUGCUCAGGGCCUCAUUUAUCUGUAAGAUCAGAGACUAUUGCUACCUAUGCCUUGUGUGGAUUUGCCAAUUUCAGUUCCCUAGGGAUGCAGCUUGGAGCUCUGGGUCCAAUGGCCCCUUCAAGAAAAGGAGAUUUAGCUCAGAUUGUAAUGAGAUCUUUACUAGGAGGAAUUAUAGCCUGUCUCAUAACAGCUUCUGUAGCAGGACUUUUGGUGUCUGAUGAUCCAUCAAUGAUAGCCUGUACAUACAUGUCAAACUCUUCAGCCAUCCUAAAUUCUACAGUUACAAGUGUUACCUAUAAUGUCACAGAAGCUUUAUGAUGACAGUGUAUUUUAGUCUGUACAUAUUUUUAACGGUUUUAAUUUUUUUUUAAACAUUUCAUAAAUGUUAUUUUUAAUUUUAUGACUGUCUCCAAUCCUUUAUAUACAACUGUAAGAUUGCUUUUUUAUUUCUUUUUUUAUAUCAAAUAUAUGUUCUAGAUCUGUCAAAUCAUACUCCAUAUAGGCUGACACAUUAUUUAUAAGGCAGGCCUAACAACAUUAGCUAUUAGUUUUGAAUCGCUAACUUUAUAGUUGACAAAAAGCAAGAAACAGAAGAUUAUUUAGCUGGCUGAAAAAAAACCAGCAUCAUCCAACAUAUGAAAGCAAGUGCAAUGCAUAUAAUGCUGUCCCAAUUUAUUAUUUGCUAACACUUCCAUCUUUAUUACCAUUUGUAAUAGAGCUAGUAUUAACAUGUAUAUCACCUAUUUGUUUAGAAAGUUUGGUAGAUAUUUUGGUAAUGAUUCCCCAUUUUACAGGGAUAAUUUUUAAUGUGCUUUAUGAUAAUACUUCUCAUUUAUGUGUUCAAUUGUGUUUUUCUUGAUAUACCGGUGUGUAGUGUUUUAAUUUUAUUAAUCAUGUCUUUAAGA